AUGGACUCUUCGAAUACAACUAACUAAAUUGGAAAAAAACAAAUAUAAGAAUCUUAAGAGUUAAUAAUAGGCUAUUUGGAGAAUGCCUCAAUAGGUUAGACUGUUAGAUAUAUCUUAGAUCUCGUAGACUUUCCUUACUUUGAGCAUAAGUAUACUUCUACAUCUACAUCUACUGAAUGGGAAAAAUAAAAUGUGAGCUUGGAUUAGACUUCCCAAAUCUUCAUUACUUGA